AUGAAGGUGACCAUAAUCUCCAGGAAAUACAUCAAACCUUCCACCCCAACCCCUCCAAACCUCAGACGCUACAAACUAUCCGCCUUAGAUGAGAUCAUACCACCCAUGAACAUGAGCCUCAUUCUCUUCUACCCUCAAAACCCCAAACCCGACCCGAAAAAACCCGACCCGCAACAAACCCUCCCUCAUAUCCUCACCCGAUUCUACCCUUUCGCCGGACGCUACCUCCAAAACGACCUCUCGGUCGACUGCAACGACGAGGGUGCCGAGUUCGUCGAGGCCGAGCUCCCCGGCCUUGACCUCUCGACCUUCCUCUCAAAAAUCGAGAACGACGAAAGCCUCGACUGCCUCCUCCCCCGGACGACCUACGACGUCGACAAGCCCGACGACCCGAUACUCUCCGUUCAAAUCACGAAUUUCCCAAAAUGCGGCGGUUGGGCACUCGGCAUAAGCCUCUCGCACCGAAUCUCCGACGCGUCCUCCCUCGGGACGUUCGUCUCCGCAUGGGCCCAUGCGGAGAAGAAAACCGUCUUCCCGACUUUCGACGCACCGUCGAUUUUCCCCGGCACGGGCCUCGCGCCGGAAUUCGAGCCGCCGCGGAGCGUCGCGGUCCGCCGGCUCAGGUUCGGGCGGGAGGCUGUGUCCCGGUUGAGAUCCGAGCUCCGGAGACCGGAAACUACUCGGGUGAGGGUCGUGAGCGCGGUCGUGGCCAAGGCGUUGUUGAAAAUCGAGCUCGCGAAAAACGGGAGGGCUUGCUACUUGGGGCAAGGGGUGAACAUGCGGCCGAGGACGGUCCCGCCUCUCGGGAGCCACGCGUGCGGGAAUUUCGUGUACGAGGCGGUGGUGAGGUGCAUGGAGGCCGGCGGCACUCGGGAGCCAGGGCUCGACGAGUUGGUUCGUGUGGUCGGGGGAUCGAUAGAGAAGGCGGUUGAGGAAUGUGGAAAGAUGAUGCGGUUGGAUGGAGAGAGGCGCGUGGAGAUGGUGAGAAGGCCGUUGGAGAAGAUGUUUGAGACGUUGGCGAGUGGGGAUAACGUGGCGAUGUGGUUUACGGAUUGGAGCAAGUUUGGGUUUUACGAAGCGGAUUUCGGGUGGGGGAAGCCGGUUUGGGUGCGGGUGGGGAAGGUGUGUACGGAGAAUCUGACGAUACUUAUGGAGGAUAGAGAGGGCGGGGGAAUUGAGGCGUGGGUGCAUCUAAGCCAUGAGGACGUGCCUGCCUUUGAGAGUGAUGAUGAUAUCAAAUUGUUCUUAGUUGCCUAG